GUCUCCUCAUUCCGCAUAUCAAUUGAUUGGGCAGAGGAGGGCCAGAAUGCUUCCGGGCUUUCUGGGUAACCGUGAUACACUGACUGCUGUAUUGCACUAGCAUCAACCGUCCUGAAUUCGAGCGGUCUUUUCCUCCUGCAGAAGCGGAUAUGGGCUUGACUUCAGGAACCCUUUGUUUGCGUUCCGUUCCUCAUCCCUGUCUGUUUGUAUUGAUCCUCCCCUUUCUGCAUGUACCAAUCUAUGUGCCUCCAUACCACCUGCUUGCUUGAGAUGAUGAGCAUUUACAACCUUGACUUUCUUUGUCUGGCUUGAUGUACCAUAUACUCUCCUUGUCCCUCCCUAAUAUACAAACUCACAAGCCAUUGUCGUGGGAGUGUUACUUCCUUCUAACCAGUCAACACAUAUGGGGUUACUGCCAUUGUUCUGCUAUUCAGCGCAUCCAUUCAUGUCUACAAAUCCAUACCCACUGUCCCAAAUGGAGGACGAUACUUCACCUCACAAAUGUGACGCUCACGAGAGCUUUGAGCUUGGACGCCAUGUCGACUUACAGAGAGGCCUCAGCCUUUCUAGUCUACGAAGCUUGAAUUUCGACGCACUGCAAGCAGAACUCCACCAAUUCCACAGUUUUUACGACAGCAACGUAAUUGAUCAGCCUGCUGAUGCGUCUGGUAACGAUGCCGAUCAGCUCCUGCCACCGAGAUCCCAAAUUCAGCUGUCCGAUCUGGAGUUGGCCCCAACAUGGACAACUCAUGAGACCUACUCCAAUCACGUCCACAGUCAUCAGACUAGCAAGACUGGACAUCCUGAUAUGCAUUUCUAUCAUGACAGCUCAGACAUAAUGGCAUCUCCCUAUUCGUCGUACCAAUACUAUGACGAAUGCGAUACCAAAAGUCCCUGGUCAGUCGCAUCCGAUGUUAUCUACAGUCAAGCGCCCGCUUUUUCCGAAGAGGCGGAACCUCUUGACGACAAGCCGUACGCCAUGCUGAUCUACGAUGCUCUGAAGCAGGCGCCAGGGCACAGGAUGAUGUUGAAAGAUAUCUAUGAGUGGUUUUGCAACAACACAACCAAGCCACAGGAAUCGGGUUCCAAGGGCUGGCAGAACAGCAUCAGACAUAACCUGUCUAUGAACAAGGCGUUCGAAAAUGACAGAGAUAAUGCUCGUGGUGGCUCGAGGAAAUCCAAUAGUGUCUGGGUCUUGACCGAAGAUGCGAUCAAGAACGGAAUACAGUCAACGACAAGAUAUCGAAAGACUGGAGGGGGGAAACGUCAUAAUGGGCAUCGCGCGCCUGCAAUACAACGACAGAGAUCAGGAGCAAAGGGAGGUCGUGCUGCAAGCCGUGCCGCAAGACAACGGCGUCAAGAGAACCCCUAUGUCACAUCAACGCCUUUGACAUGCAGCCCCACCACUCAAUACUCCGAUCUCAGUGAUUACCGGAGUCUCGAUUGCUACGACCUACAACCAGCCGUUGGAGGUUGGCCCGUGAUGUUUGGGGAUCAUAACCAACCGGAGGAUCUAGUGCGAUUCUUAUCUAGUUCACCUCCAAUGGGAUUCGAUCUCCAAACUCGAUCAUGCCAGAGUCUUUCAGAAGAGGACCUACGCCUCCGCAGCAUGCUUUUGCGAUCAAGUUUCGACCAGUCUUUGCACGACGCUUCUUCAAUCCAGACUUAAUGAGGUGCUAUUCUGCAAUAGGUAUCGAUGCCACAGGCAGCAGAGGCGAAGUGCAUGGAUCCGACGGACAAGGGCAUAAGAAAAUGCAAAAACAUCAGUGAACGAAGUCAGAGGGACCAGGGUCGGCAGGAGUGGACCGCUGUGUGGGAUAUUUUGGGGGCUAUCGCGGUUAUUCCUGGCCAAUGUGUCAGGGAUCUCGUUUGUUUGCUUGUAUGUAGGAGCGAGGGUGUCUGUUUAUGCAAUCUAGUACUAG